UAAAUGUACACUCUCUGUUUCCUCGUACAGAACAAUUUUUGAGCGACUGGAGAACGGACACCGGCAUCAUGUUUCGCAAAUGUGUAUUUCUAUUGCUUGCCCUUUACUGCGCUGACGGGGUGUUAUCAAGUAGUCUAAUACCACCAUGCAAAAUCGAAGACGAAGCUUGUAUAGAGAAAUCUGUGAUGGCAGCAAGCUCUAAAUUAAUCCAGGGUAUACCAGAACUGGGUAUCGAAACCUCCGAUCCGAUGUUCAUUGAGAAAAUCGAAGGAAAGAUUUCAAUACUGAAGUACACUUUCUUCAAUACUACUGUAGUAGGUUUUAAGAACUGCAAAAUCUCGGAUAUAAAAGUAAGCAAGGACCUCACAAACUUACACUAUGUGAUGAACUGCCCGCAGCUGAAGUUGAAAGGACUGUACGAUAUCAACGGACGUCUGAUAAUUUUGCCAGUCGAGGGGAAAGGCGACUAUGAACUAAUUACAGGAAAAUACAAAGUCGUAGUUGACUCUGAAUUAAAAGUAACCCCCGGCACUGACGGCAAGUCGCGUUUGGCUAUCAAGAACUUCAAACUGAAAUGUACUCCACUCUCGGCGAUCCACUUUGACUUCAGAAAUCUGUUCAACGGACAAAAGGAUUUGUCGGACGCAGUCCACAAAUUCGCCAACGAGUCCUGGGAAGACGUCGCGAACUUGGUGCAAGACCCGGUGUUCUACCCUGAAAUAGGAAAAAUCAUCAAAAACGUAAACAAAUACCUUAAAUCUGUGCCAUUAGAGGAAUAUAAAUUAAACUAAAUUAAUAGAAACAUGGAACCUCGAUUUAGGCAAAUAGUAUGUAAAAAUUUGUAAAAGAAUUAAGAAUUUUGACGACCUCCGUGGCGCAGUGGUAUGCGCGGUGGAUUUACAAGACGGAGACUGGGUUUGAUCCCCGGCUGGGCCGAUUGAGGUUUUCUUAAUUGGUCCAGGUCUUGCUACAGAUUUUGCUAGUUACCACCCGACCGGCAAAGACGUUCCGCCAAGCGAUUUAGCGUUCUGGUACGAUGCCGUGUAGAAACCGAAAGGAGUGUGGAUUUUCAUCCUCCUCCUAACAAGUUAGCCCGCUUUCAUCUUAGAUUGCAUCAUCACUUACCGUCAGGUGAGAUUGUAGUCAAGGGCUAACUUGUAAAGAAUAAAAAAAAAAAAAACAUGUUAUUUGCCUUCAGUUCUACUACGAGAACGUUCAGCACUAGUUAGGCCCACUUCUAUCUUUACAAUCCAUGUGGUUUUUUAGCUACUUCUACUCGUAGAGUCCUUAUGUAUAAGUAUUUUGGGUCAUGUUCUAGAUAUCAAAAAUAUCACUUCUCUAUGAAAGAAAAAAGAAAGAAAGAUUAAUAUUUAUAAGUAAUGCCACAUAUUGCUUACGUUCUUAAAUUCUAAAUUAUUAACUUAAUUGUCCAUACAAACAGUGGAGCAAUAAAAGAAGAAUACCUUGCAAUAUGUGCUGUAACCUAUAAAAAGGCCCCAACUUAGCAUUUUGCCACAUACUUCUUAUACAAAAAAAAAGUAUGCAGCACUAAUUUUCAGUUAGGACCCAGUUCAGGUGCCGCCACGUACACAGUUCAACAUCCUUUUUUUUUUUAACGUGGGGAAAUCCUCAUGGAUACCUUCUCGCCACGGGGAGGCAAGAAGGUUAUGUCGGACAGUUUAACAUCCUAGGUUAACUAUUAUAUUAAUUCGUCUUCAAAAAACUUUUAGUAUUAUUUUAGUAAUGCCUAAAUCGAGGUACUUUUUAACCGUGGAUUAUUGGUGUAUAUGCUCAAUAUAUAUUUAAAUAUUCUAAAGAUAUCCAAAGAAAUUUUAUAAAUUAUUUUGAUACCAAAAAACGCAAUGUGUUAAAAUGUAAUGUAGUUUAGUUACACUAUAAUAAUAUUAUGAAAUAGUAAAGUUAUAUUGUUACUUAAGAUAUCUAAUUUUUCUACAAUUAAAGAUAUCAAAAUAUCUGGGUGA